ACCGCUCCUCAGUAGUUAUCGAAAGCGUGCGCGCCACUCGCGUUUCGAUCCCUCGCUCGCGCUCACAAUCACGUGUUCAUUGAUUGCCGAUAGCCCAAGCACGGCGUAAACUUUUCAGAACACGCGAUGGGAACGCGAAUGAUAAUACUAUGCGCGUGCCUCGCUGCCGCGAGCGCGACGCUAGAGGUGGUCAAUCAGUGGAACUUGAUGCAGUUCGACUUCCCACCUGACCCCGUGCUCUUGGAGAAGUUCCAGCCUGAGAACACUGUCCCCACCGGUCUGGAGAUCGGCUGGGACAAGAUCUACCUGGGGAUCCCCCGCCUGAGGGCCGGCGUGCCCGCCACGUUAGCUUGGGUGCCGAGAAGCCUUCCCUCUGGCGUUAGCCCGGUCCUACAGGCAUACCCUGACUGGUCAUGGCACACCGCAGGCCGAGGGGACAUCAACUGCACCGGUCUGAUCUCGGUGUACCGCGUGCGAGCAGACCGCUGCAACCGCCUGUGGGUCCUGGAUGCCGGCGUCAUCACCAGCAUCGACGACUUCCGACGCGUCUGCCCGCCCAAGAUCCUCAUCUUUGACAUGGCUACUGAUCGAUUGGUGCGAAGCGUAUACUUCCCUCGAGAGCUGCUGCGGCCGGCCUCCCUGCUGACCAACAUCGUGUUGGACGACACGAGGGCGCAGUCCACGCGGCUGUCGGCUACAUGUGACAACAUAUUCGCGUACAUCAGUGACACCGUGGCUCCAGGAAUCAUCGUAUACGACGGUAGGCGCGACAACGCGUGGCGGGUGACCCACGCCUCCAUGUACCCCGACCCUGACCUGGGCGAGUAUGACAUCGGCGGAGAGAAGUUCACCCUUAUGGACGGCAUCGUGGGCCUGGCCCACUCGCCCACGCAGGGCCUGCUAUAUUACCAACCUUUGGCCACAGACAGAGUAUUCAGUGUAUCAACAGCAGUAUUGGCUGCGGGUCCUCCCGCUGAAGGCACAGACCUGCCCGUGAAUCUCGUGGGCCGCAAGUCGUCCCAAGGCCUGGGCAUUGCAGUGGACCCACGAGACGACACCAUCAUCUUCAGUCCUAUCUCCGAGACUGCUAUUGCUGCCUGGAACCCAAUUACCAAUUCACACAAACUACUGGCCAUCGACCCCGAAAAGCUUCAGUUCUGUGCGGAGGUGAGGUGGGCGGAGCGAGACAACGGAGCUGUGUGGGCGCUAUCCACUCGUUUCCACAAGUUCUUCCGACGUGCUGUUUCUAAACAUGAGAUCAACAUUCGUGUUGUCCGCAUCCCUGAAAGCGGAUUCGCGUCCCUUCAACCGCACAUCCUGAGGAGAGCCGCUCGUCAAUUCAAUGCUACCCGCUACUAAAGGGUGUCGUAACAACAGUACACACUGAGAGGUCAAUAACGUUAUAAUUACAGAUAAAAAACCUGCCAUGUUUUCGGCCAGUGUUCCAUAGAUAUGGUUUUGUUUAAGGAAUUUAAAAAUAAUAUUAAAUCCUCUUUGAACCUGUUGAAAAUACCCCUGACAUUAUGGUUCUGUAAGACUAUUACAAUAGUUAAAUUUUAUGUAAGUACGAAAAUUAUAACAGUCAUGAAUUGACCAUGACCGUGAUCAUACCAGUGAAAGAUUUAUUAGUGUUAAAGCAUACUUAUCUAAGUGCAGAUUUAGUAGACAGUAUCUAUUAUUAUGUAAGGUUCAGGUCGUAUAACUUAACUUAGAUUCCUUAACAAGCUAUAUUUACUGAAUCACGCGAGAGUGGUAAUAAUUUGAGUGCCAAGAACUUAAUGAUUUAUCAGACUAUCCAAAUUUUAACGUAUAUCACGUUAUUGUAAUGUAAUUAUGACGCAUUUUCGUCUGUAAUAACAAUAACACAAUUUGCACAUGUGUUUUUGUAUGAAAAACAAAUUGUCUUGUAUAUAGGUAGGUAGCUUGGGUGAAUACUCUUUAUUUAAGGUAUACAAAUGAACCAAAAUAUUCGUUCGGCCAUGCUUAGGGUAGGGGUACACCAACCCGAAUAAAUUUCAAAAUGAGUAGUCGCUAAUCACUUGAAAUAUUUUAAUUUUAAAAUAUAUUUUUAAAAUUUUACAAUUAUUUUUAUUAAUGGAAGGUAAAUCUCGGAAUCGGUUAUUUUGUAUGUCAGAAACUACA